AUGAGCACGCAAUUAGGUCUCCGCGAUCUGGUAGCACACAACUGCAUGAACUACGGCUUCCCAUCCGUGAUCCCUUCCCGCAUGCUCGCACUACCGGCCACAGCCGUCGAGCAAGAAGAGAAGAUCCGCGCCUUUUGGACCAUUGAGGCCCUGGAUUCGGCGUCGACCGUCGGAUCCGCCUGGCAUCUCUCCGUCUCCCAGCCGCUACCGACAGCCAGUCUUCCGUGCGACGAAGAAAUAUGGCGGUGUCCCGAGUCCAUCGUUUCCAUGUACCAGUUUGGUGACCCCGAAGCACCGUCAUCCUUCACCCUCUUCGUUCGGCUCGCGAUAAAUGAGAUGUGGCAUGUGAACCAGUUUCUACAACAGCCGUGCGACACGACAUCGGUAUCGGAUCUGCAACAGCGAAAGCUGGAUUGCACCAUAGUUUACGAAAGGUUAAUGACAUGGCAUAGAGACUUUGGGCAGAUGCUGACAGUGCGGACACCACCUCAUACCGACCUCUUUGACGGUGCCGCAUCCCGCCAUCCGAAUACAAUCCUCAUCCAUUGCACUGUUCACAGCGCCGUCGUCUCCCUCCAUCAACGACUCAUAUUCCCCGACGAUGACACGGCGAGCGAGCACUCCUGGAAAGAUGCCGCGGAGCGCUGCUUGACUAGCUGCGAUGAGAUGAUCAAGGUCAUACGCGGUGCGGGCGAUGGCAUGCUCGAGACGGCGAACCCUCAUAUCAUUCACUGCGUCUUUGUCGCGGCACGCUUCAACAUUGUAUAUAACCGUGUGUUGGGCCUGGGUCCGCCGAACAAGGUGUGGCUUCUGAUUUAUGGGCUCAGAAUCUGCGGGCAGAGGUGGUGGCCGCUUGCGAGACAGCUGCUCAAAGUGCUCGAGGCGGCUGCUGGUACUGAGGGAUACGGAGGGGUCAGUAGGUUGAAGGCGCUUCCGGGUGAGUUUUGGGAUCUACAGUAUUUGUCACUCGAUAUUUACGAGGCUUUGCGAGUAUGGGUGAUCGAGACAUGA